AUGACUUGUCGUUGACCUGAAGAACACCGUCCAUAACAUGGAGAUGGAACUUAAAUACCACCACCGCUCCGCCUCUUAGUCUUCACAAAUAACCAUUUCUCUAGUCUUUCUGCUAUAUAGUCUGAACUGCAGAAGCCCACAGAAACCAUGGCAGACGCAGCAUCGCCAGCUUCGACGUGGGGUUUCGCCACCGGCUUGUUUACACCCGCCUAUCUUUUCUUAUUGCUCAACUUGGUGAUCGGCACCAUUGCUCUCACCUCCCGUUUCGGCUCCAACAGAAGACAACAUCAAGAGGAAAUCCGACCGCUUGCUAGAGCCCCUUCCCUCUUAGAACGAGUCAAGUCCAUCAACUUAUCCUUCUACAACUACCCAUCGUCCGACUCAGCCCCCCAAGUAGAAGGCACGGCGGACCCAGUGCAGGACUCCGAACCAGAGUGCCUAACUGAGGUUCCUCCGGCUCAACUUGAACGAGCCCCUUCCCUCUUAGAAAGGGUCAAGUCCAUAAAGUUCUCCUCUUUCUACACAUCCGAACCAGAAACAAAAAUUGUGGCUGAACCUGUUUCGGAACCACAUAUGGAUGCCGGUCAUGUUGAUCAUCAGGUGAAGAGGAGUAAAUCUGAGCCUAGAGCAGCUCCGGAGAGGAAGGCACGUGAGAAGAUGAAGAAAUCAGCGAGUGAAAGAGAAGUGGUCGUGGAGAAGGAAGAGGACGGAGAGAGCGUAGAGCGAAGAAGGCCAGCAACGACGAGGAUAGAAAAAACGGUGUCGUUUGGAGACGAAGGGGUUGACGCGAAAGCCGAUGACUUCAUCAACAGGUUUAAGCAGCAACUAAAGCUGCAGAGACUGGAUUCGCUCUUGCGUUACAGAGACAUGCUUAAAGGAAAGUAAAGUUUCUUUUUCAAUUUUCUUGGCUAGCCUUCUUUAAUUUUACUUUUAGAUUUCUGUGUUGUCACAAAGGAGUGAGCUUUAUCGUCAGUGACUAAAAAGCUUUAGCCGAUCUUCAAGUUUCCUGCUUCUGUCUACUAGUAGUACCGCGAGUCUCUCCAAAAAAUGCAGCGGGUAUUGUGAUCAUUUCGGACCUUAUACGGCGCACAGAUUGACUUUGAAGUGUGGAAAGAAGACGAGUGCACCGAGAGUGGAAUGACAGAAAUGCCCCUGUUUUGUGGAUUAUGUUAGUCUUAGAAGAGCGAGAGCGUCAGCGCAGCGCCUUAGUAAGUAUAGCAUUUGCAUGUCAUGUGCUAUUGUGCGUAGCAAAGAUGAUUACUCCUUAGUGAAGAUUGAUUAGAUUGUAAAUGACUACAGUUUAUUAGUAUUGCUGUUGUUAUUCAUAUAUUUUUUUUUUUGAAAAAGAGGGAUAGAGCCCUUAUUUUAUUAA